ACCAUAAACUCAGUUAGUCUGAGUAAAGUUGCGAACAUGUUCAGCUAUUAAUAAACCAAGUUGUUUAGGUAUUUUUCACUUGUCUGCAUUCGAACUAAGUAUUCUGAUAUAAGAAUCAUUGGUGGGCUUUAUGUACCAAUCCCCAUUACAAUCAGUGAUGGCGAUUAGUAAUCCGAUUGCAUGUAUUGUGCUGUUGAUCAUUUCUUCGUGGUGCGUAAAUGGGCAGCUAAGUCCAACAUUUUAUGACAAAAGUUGUCCCAAGGCACUGUCGACAAUCAAAGCAGCUGUAGCACAGGCAGUCGCCAAGGAAAAACGGAUGGGGGCAUCUUUGCUGAGGCUUCACUUUCAUGACUGCUUUGUUAAUGGCUGUGAUGGGUGGAUUUUGUUGGACGACACGCCAACAUUUACUGGGGAAAAGACUGCGGCUCCGAACAAUAAUUCUGUAAGAGGAUUUGAGGUGAUCGACACCAUCAAGACUCAAGUGGAGGCUGUUUGCAGUGGAGUUGUGUCUUGUGCUGACAUUCUCGCCAUUGCUGCUCGUGAUUCCGUAGUUGAAUUGGGAGGGCCAUCAUGGACGGUGAUGUUGGGAAGGAGAGACUCCACUACUGCAAGUAAAAGCGCUGCAAACACCAGCAUUCCAGCUCCAACUCUCAACCUUUCAGCACUCAUCUCAUCUUUCAGUGCUCAAGGUCUUUCUAGAAAGGAUUUAGUUGCCCUUUCAGGUUCUCAUACAAUUGGUCAAGCCCGCUGCACCAGUUUUAGAGCUCGGAUCUACAACGAAUACCAGAUAAAUACUUCAUUUGCCACUUCUCUUAAGGCAAACUGCCCAAGCACCAGUGGCAGUGGUGACAACAAUCUUGCUCCCUUAGAUCUCCAAACUCCCACGGUCUUUGAAAACAACUACUACAAAAAUCUGCUAAGCCAGAAGGGACUUCUCCACUCUGACCAGCAAUUAUUUAUUGGAGGAUCUACCGAUUUGCGGGUUAAGAAAUAUUCUCUUCAUCAGAAAACCUUCUUCAAGGAUUUUAAAGCUGCCAUGGUGAAGAUGGGAAACAUCAAGCCUCUCACUGGCACCAAGGGACAAAUCAGAAAGAAUUGUAGAAAGCCCAAUUAAAUAUUUUUAUCUGUUUAAAUUUAUAAUCUAAACUGUUGUUUAUAAAUACUUAAUAAUAUCAUUAUUAUAAUAAUAACUUAUAAUUUUAAUA